CAUGCAUCAUGGUCACAGUUUCAACCUGUUGACCGGCAAUGGAUUUUGAAGCCUUAGUGCGAAAGGUCCGUUCCUUCCAGAAGGCCGGCACCUAUGGGAGGCAAGCCUGGAAUUUCUACUGUGACUCGCAUGGCGAAGGCGUGAGGGAUCCACGCCGCCACCCGCAGGCCUUCCUCGAGGCCUUUUUUGAUGCCGAAAAAGAGGGUUUGGAGGGCCUUGAUGAGUGGAAGGAUCCAGAUGAAAUUGUGCGCGAGAAGGUGGAGAUUCCGCUGCCGGAAGUUUCACAGGAAGAGGUUGAGGCAGCUGCUGCAAGACUGUCUCACGUGGACAGAGAGCUUUGGUCAGAGCUAUUGAAGAGCUUCCCCAGCUACUGGCAGCCGAUCUACGAGACACCCCUAAAGUUUGGCUAUGAUCCGCAGAAAUAUGACUUCAAGAUGCUUCUUUCGG